CAUCUCCAACUGAUCCAACAAAGGAUGGAGAUUUCACAUUACAGUGUUCUCUGGUCAGAGACAGCAGGUUGGGUCCUUGUCCAGAGAAGAGCCUCCUCUGGGUGGAUGAGACAGGAAGUGAGCUGCUUGGUGAAGGUGUUGGGUUCAAGUCUGGAGGACAGACUGGCUGUGAUUCUUAUCUCACUGUGAAGCUUCAGAUCAGCAGCAACAGAAGAUACACCUGCCAGUUUGUUGAGGGAAACACAGUGAAGAUAGAAGCUCACUACACACCUGUGUUUAAAGUUAUCAGGGGAGAAGGAGUCCAUAUCUACCACAGAGCUGGAGAUGAUGCUGUUCUGUCCUGUAAAAGACCUUCAUCAUCUCUCUCAUGCUCCACUGUUGACUGGUUUUAUACGAGAGCUGAAAACAUGGAGCGUCAACAUGAAGUUCAUGGAGGAAAAGUUCAGAGUUCAGCUCGAGCUGCCAGGCUGAGGUUGGACAAUAAAUGCUCUCUGAUCAUCAACAACAUCACUGCUGAGGAUGCUGGACGUUACACCUGUCAGCUUUGGGAUGGAGGACGCUUUGACACAGAUGUGUAUUUAAACAUGAUGAGCAGAGUUCCUGCCAACAGAACCAUCAUCAUCCUUGGAGCAGUGAUCUGUGUUCUCCUGCUGCUGGUGGUUCUUGCUGCUGUUUUUAUCAAACUCAGGAAAACCAGAGUUAAAAAGGAUCACAGCACCACAACAGAAGAUCAAGAUUCAGCCCAUGAGAGUCAUCAUCAUGAUGAGGUGUAUUCCAUUGUGACCUAUGCCACUGUUGACCAUUUUAAGGACAUAAUGUCUAAUAAGAUAAAGGAUGAGGUGUAUUCCAUUGUGACCUAUGCCACUGUUGACCAUUUUAAGGACAGAAUGUCUAAUAAGAUAAAGGAUGAGGUGUAUUCCAUUGUGACCUAUGCCACUGUUGACCAUUUUAAGGACAUAAUGUCUAAUAAGAUAAAGGAUGAGGUGUAUUCCAUUGUGACCUAUGCCACUGUUGACCAUUUUAAGGACAGAAUGUCUAAUAAGAUAAAGGAUGAGGUGUAUUCCAUUGUGACCUAUGCCACUGUUGACCAUUUUAAGGACAGAAUGUCUAAUAAGAUAAAGGAUGAGGUGUAUUCCAUUGUGACCUAUGCCACUGUUGACCAUUUUAAGGACAGAAUGUCUAAUAAGAUAAAGGAUGAGGUGUAUUCCAUUGUGACCUAUGCCACUGUUGACCAUUUUAAGGACAGAAUGUCUAAUAAGAUAAAGGAUGAGGUGUAUUCCAUUGUGACCUAUGCCACUGUUGACCAUUUUAAGGACAGAAUGUCUAAUAAGAUAAAGGAUGAGGUGUAUUCCAAUGUGACCUAUGCCACUGUUGACCAUUUUAAGGACAGAAUGUCUAAUAAGAUAAAGGUCAAACAGGACAAAGACUCUGUGACUUAUUCUGCUGUCAGGACUAAAAAUAAGAUGUAGGUGAACAUCGACCCCAGCAGUCUCUGCAGCAGCAUCGCUAAGACAAAAUGAACCACAUAAGGAAAUAAAACAUCUCUUCACACCUUAUUGAACCAUUUUCCAGGAAGUGGACCUUUGGGUUUAAGUGUCAGUGAUACUAACACAUUCAUUUAUAGCUGGUGCUGCACAGUUUGCUGUUGCAUUUAAUGAGUGUAAAUACAAUCUGAGCAGAAAUAUACAGUUAGUGAGUUAUAUGAUAGAGCUUUGUUAUAUUUGUGGACUGUAAAUAGUGAAACAAAGAGGUGCAACAUCAAUAUUCAGUAACUGGUUAAUUUAUGAACAGAACUAAAAUAAUCCAAAGUAUUUUAUAUUUUAUUGUACAUAAACUCAUCAUCAUUAUGUAAAAUACAACUUUCUGCCAGCAAAGUAGAAACUAACUAAUAUCAUCUGAUCUUUAGAGGUGUGCGAUACCGGGAG